AAAGUCAAUGAUAUCUAGAGUCUAAACCAACGACCAAACCGUUUUAACUUUUAAGAUUACGAAAAACCUUCCCAACAAACAUCUCAGUACACACAAAAAUGCAAUGUCUGAACAAAUUCUUCAUCUCAGCUUCUGUUUCUCUUACUAAUCCACCAAAUUCACAGGCCAAGAACCCAGCUUUUCACGCCACUUGUAGAAUUCGACAUAGCGACGAAGGUGUUCGUGAAAAUGCCUCAAAGAAGGCGUUUUCUUUACCUCCAAAUGUGAAUUCCAUUAUAAGCACGUCCAACCCCUUUGUUAAACAUUGUGUGAAGCUUCGGCAGAGCUCCUCGUAUCGCCAUCUUCAUGGCAUGGUUCUCGUUGUCGGCACUACUCCUCUAAGGGAGAUUUACAGCUCUCAUAUGUCAGAAUCAGGUAAGCCUAUAAUUGAGUGCUUGUUUGUAGUGGAUAAUUGUUCUAUUCCUGAAGAAAUCGAAUAUAAAGCUGUUCACGUAGUUGAAGUUAGUCCGGAGGUGAUAAGAAAAAUAUCCGGUAUCCAGUCUGUUGAUUCUGUUGAAGUCAUUGCUUUGAUGAGAAUCCCUUCAAGUUUUCGGAUUGUCAACAAGCAUGAUGAAAAUUGCCGGACAUUGUUUCCAUUUCCUCAUAGGAUUCUAGUUCUUGAUGGGAUCCAGGAUCCUGGAAACCUAGGCACACUUGUAAGAUCUGCAACAGCAUUCAGAUGGGAUGGUGUUUUCCUUCUACCCGGCUGUUGUGAUCCGUUCAACGACAAGGCACUCAGAGCUUGCCGGGGAGCCAGCUUUCAGAUUCCGAUUGUUUCGGGUAGUUGGGAAAAUGUAGGAGAUCUCAGAGAUGAGUUUCAGAUGAGGAUGUUGGCCGGCCAUCCAGCCAAGGGGGACGACCUGAAACCGGUGAUGAAGCUUUCUAAAGAUCUUGCAGAGUCCAUGGAGGAUUUGCCGCUGUGCCUGGUUUUAGGAAGCGAAGGUGCGGGGCUCUCGCAGUUUAGCCGGAGGGAUUGUGAGCUUGUAAGCAUUCCCAUGGCUGGAGAAUUUGAGUCUCUUAAUGUAUCAGUAGCUGGUGGGAUUUUCAUGUAUAUGUUGCAGCGUCACAAAUAGUAAACAUGUUUCACUUUUUACUAAUACAUAAAUGUGCAGUGUUUGCCGAUGCGAUA